CUAUCAAUCUUGAUAGCGCUCUCUAUGGGAUGGUUUGGCUGUCAACAUCUCUCUCAGACCUGUCUACUGCAAGCCCAGGUUGGCUCCUAUGAGGUGUUGGGAAGGGAGAAUGCAAGCAUAAUCCUCCGCUAUGGCUUCAACUUGCAUGGUUCAAUGUGCAAGGGAGGGGAUGCACGGCGGUAUCCUGCAAUGAUUGUUAUAACCACCGCCUACCUCUCCCACAUCCUCCCUGUCAAUCUUCUGGCCCAGAUACUGGGGAAUCAAGAGAGCAAAAGGAAGAGACUUGGAUGUGAAGAAAGAGUGCCAUUGAUCUCUCCUAGGGCCUUGUGUUGGCUGAGAGUGGCGCUGCUUCACUUCCAACUAAGGAGACUGCCAACUUUGACCGCAACUGAACUCACCUUUAUUCAUCAUAUCAAUUUCUGCUUUUCUACCCUGUUUGGCCUAUACUACUAUAUUAUAUGCGUUAUAAAUAUGGGCUGA